UUUUUGAAGACACCACAGGGGGGGACAACUUCUUACUGCCAUUGGUUGGGAUCCAAACGACCAAAUGCUGCCCAUUGCAUAUGCGGUUGUAGAGGCCGAGACCAAGGACUCAUGGACUUGGUUCCUUAGUCAUCUUGCAACUGACAUUGGUGUUGAGAAGAUGGGAAGAACUACUUUCAUGUCUGACCAGCAGAAAGGUUUGUUGCCAGCAUACGAUGAUGUUAUACCAGGUGUGGAGAAUCGAUUCUGUGUGAGGCACCUAUACAGCAAUUUCAGGAAACGGUUUCCAGGGUUACAAUUGAAGCAACUAAUGUGGAGGUGUGCUAAGGCGACUCACUGGAGGGACUGGGAGAAGAACAUGGCCGAACUGAAAGCUGUGAAUCAGGAAGCCUAUAGGUACCUAAAUGCUAUCCCCCCUAGGUAUUGGUCUAGAUCUAGGUUUACCUAUAAUUCUAAAGUAGAUACACUGGUUAACAAUAUGUCUAAGAGCUUUAAUGCUGCCAUAGUUGAUGCUAGAGAGAAACCUAUACUUACAAUGUUAGAGGAGAUCCGGGUUAAACUGAUGACUAGGUGGGCAGAGAAUAGGGAUUUGGCUCAGAAGUAUGCAGGGACAAUCUUACCUAGGAUUAGAAUCAAGUUGGAGAGGAGGUCUAGAUCUGCUGGAGAAUGGCGUCCAUAUUGGUAUGCUGCUCAGAAAUAUGAGGUUAUGAAUGGGUUAGAUAAGUUUACUGUUGACUUAGGAUCCUCUGAGUGCUCUUGUAGAAGGUGGCAGUUGAGUGGAAUACCUUGUAUCCAUGCAAUUAGUUGCAUCAAGUUCAAAGGGCUUGAGUUGGAACCUUAUGUGGCUAACUGCUACAAGAGAGAAGCAUACUUGAGGUGCUACGAGGCAGUAAUUCACCCAUUGAACGGCCCUGACCUAUGGGAGAUUACACCACAUCCUGAUGUAAUGCCUCCCCCAUACAGAAGGCAUAGUCACAGGCCAGUCAAAAAAAGGAAGCCAGCUGCUGGAGAUGAAGAACAGAGCAGCCGCACUCACAUGUCCAGGAAGGGGGAGAAACAAAGGUGCUCUAUAUGUGGUGUUGUUGGACAUAAUAAAAGCAGAUGCCCUAAACCUAUUGAGAAUGAGGCCCAAAAUUCCAAGAAACAAAGCAAGAGCAAGCAAUCCAGGGGAAGCAACAACUCUAUCCCUCCAGCUGCUAAGGGAGGAAAGAAAAGUGCAUCUACACAGCCCACUCCCAAGCUCACUGUCAAGAGAAAAGUUGCUUUAGCAACACAGCCAACAAGCUCAGCCCAGUCCAACACUGUAGCACCGCCAAAAAGGCCUAGAAGCAGGCCCAAGGGGACCAUGAAGCCCACACCUUCAGCCCAACCUGAUCCACCAACUUCAUCAUCACAAUUAACCACCACUACUCUUCCAGCAUCUCAGCCAUCCUUUGCCAUAGCUUCAAGCCAACCCACUAGGCACUACUCUGUUAGCUUUACUGGAGGACCUCAUGUUUCUCCCAGGAAACUGAAGUUAAUGGCAAAGUUGCCUCUAAGAAAAUGGGGAUUGCUUUAGGGAAAUGACAACACUUAGCAUGUUGGUUUAUUUUGUUUUAAGUUUGUCUUAAGCUUCUGGUUAAUCCAGUGUGGACUUGUUGGUUGUACUGAAAUAUUAGCUUAUAUUUUGUUGCUGUGCUACUGUUGGUUGUAGUGAAAUAUUGGCUUGUUGCCGGCCAAUCCUUUUGAUGGUUAGGUUAUUUUGAGUUAAGUUUCUCUUAAGGUU